AUGGAAGACGAAGACGUUGCAAUCUGUCUGCUGCUCUGUCUUUCAAAGAGCUACGAAAAUGUGGUGCUCAACAAGAAAACGAGCAGCGCCGAGCUUCGUACCCAAGGUGUGGUGAGAGUGCUGACGAAUGAGCACGCCGAGCGUCGAGGAGAAAAAGGGACAACAACAGCGACUACGGUGAAGGCUGAAGGCUGA